CAAUUUUAUUUAGUGCCGAAGUGGAGUGGGGAAUGGUGGAAUUCCGUUACUUUGUUAAUGCAGGAAUGCAAUUUAAAGGUCAGCGAGUGGGAGAUGGUUUGUAUGCAAAUGAGGGUGUUUUUUCAAAAACCCAUACAAAUUAGUUUUUCGAAAUUCAUUCGCGGCACCGGAACCUUUUCUGGCGUGCGGACCCCCACUUCGAUGUCGGAGAUGCAUUUCUACCUAUUAUUUAGCGCUUUUAGCACUGGUUAUUUACCACGCCGCACCUAG